UAUUCCCGGUAAUAUAAGUUCAAAUGUUUACGGAUGUUUGAAGCUGGGAUGAAAGCAUUUCUAGUCAUGCUGCUAGAGUCUGUGAGGCUUUUCUUUUCUUUCUUUCUUUUUUUUUAACUUGGGUUACUUGGCUGGGGAAAGGAAUGUAGUGUGGGGAUCAGAGUUAAUCCUUGAGGCAGGUAAACCUGGAUGGAGCUGGACGGCAGAGUCCCAGCCUCCUAAACUGGGAGCCUGGGACGCCGGCCAGAGGCGCCUGGAGGUCAGGAGGGUGAGUGGAGGGUCGGGCAGUCCCCGGGUGUACAGGCGAGGCAGAAGUUUCUAGAGAGACAGAGCCGGGCCAGAAGGCACCGGGCCGAGCCCACCCAGACAGGGACGGGCGGGGCAGCGGGCCGGGGUCAGAUACCGCGCCGCUGGCCAGCUUGUCCCAGACAUUCCGCGUCCGCCGCGGCGGGAAUGCGCGGACCAGGUUGCCCGCUGCCCCUGGGCGGGUUCGCGGGGCGGGGCGUACGCCCGAGGGGCGUGGCCCAAGGCCACGGGGAGGGGCUCAGGGCCGCGGGACCUUUAAAUCAGCCGCCCUCGCGCCGGGCACCCGCCUGCGACUGACCCAGCCAGAGAGUGAGCCACGACCCGCCGACAGACACGGGCAAAAGCACCGAGCCAGUCAUGCCGCGCCACCUCCCGGGACUGCUCCUGCUGCUCUGGCCUCUGCUGCUGCUGCCGCCCCCCGCCGCCCCCGGCCCCCAGGCCCGACCGGGCUUCCGGAGGUUGGGGACUCGCGGCCCAGGGGGCAGCCCUGGACGCCGUCCCGCUCUGGCUGCCCCCACCGGCGCGCCGUAUGCGGGGGUCGGCCAGCCUGGCGGGGCCCGCGGCGCAGGUAUUUGCAAGAGCAGGCCCUUGGACUUGGUGUUUAUCAUUGAUAGCUCCCGUAGUGUACGGCCCCUGGAGUUCACCAAAGUGAAAACAUUUGUCUCGCGGAUAAUCGACACUCUGGACAUUGGGGCUGCGGACACGCGGGUGGCAGUGGUGAACUAUGCUAGCACCGUGAAGAUUGAGUUUCAUCUCGGUACCCACUCAGAUAAGCAGUCCCUGAAACGGGCUGUGGCGCGGAUCACACCCUUGUCUACAGGCACCAUGUCUGGCCUGGCCAUCCAGACAGCGAUGGACGAAGCCUUUACAGUGGAGGCAGGAGCUCGGGGGCCCACUUCCAACAUCCCUAAGGUGGCCAUCAUUGUGACAGAUGGGCGGCCCCAGGACCAGGUGAACGAGGUGGCGGCUCGGGCCCGGGCGAUGGGUAUUGAGCUCUACGCUGUGGGUGUGGACCGGGCAGACAUGGAGUCCCUCAAGCUGAUGGCCAGUGAACCCCUGGACGAGCACGUUUUCUACGUGGAGACCUAUGGGGUCAUUGAGAAACUUUCCUCUAGAUUCCAGAAAACUUUCUGUGCUCUGGACCCGUGCAUGCUUGGCACACACCAGUGCCAGCACGUGUGUGUCAGUGACGGGGAAGGCAAGCACCACUGUGAGUGCAGCCAGGGCUAUUCGCUGAAUGCUGAUAAGAAGACGUGUUCAGCUAUUGAUAAGUGUGCUCUUAACACUCACGGGUGUGAACACAUCUGUGUGAACGACAGAGCGGGCUCCUAUCACUGUGAGUGCUACGAGGGUUAUACCUUAAAUGAAGACAGGAAAACAUGUUCUGCUCAGGAUCAGUGUGCUCUUGGUACACAUGGCUGUCAGCACAUUUGUGUGAAUGACAGAGCUGGAUCCUACCACUGUGAAUGUUAUGAGGGCUACACUCUGAAUGAAGAUAAAAAAACAUGUUCAGUUCGUAACAAGUGUGCUCUGGGCUCUCACGGUUGCCAGCACAUUUGUGUGAACGACGGGGCCGCCUCUUACCACUGCGAUUGUUACAAUGGCUACACCUUGAAUGAAGACAAGAAGACAUGUUCAGCCAUUGAAGAAGCACGAAGACUCAUCUCCACAGAAGAUGCUUGUGCGUGUGAAGCCACACUGGCAUUCCAGGAUAAGGUCAGCUCGUAUCUGCAGAGGCUGAACACCAAACUCGAUGACAUUUUGGAGAAGUUGCAAGCAAAUGAAUAUGGACAAAUACAUCGUUAACUAGCUCAAUUUUGUCACCUGGAAACAUGGAGCGCUUGGUGUAUUUAAUAAUUUGGCACACUUCAAUGUUCCUGCUAAUAAUUUGCCAUUACAAAUGCUUUAAUGUUACUGGAUAAGUAGUGUGAGGACCUUCUGGAAAGUCAGUUUCAUUUUUCUAAGGAAAUAAAUGUCCAUAUCCUUAUUAAGAGCAAACUUUAGUGUCUCUAAGCUAUGACUGUGAAAUAGUUGGUAGUAAAUAGAAUGUAAAGUUUCAUGUUUCUUUCUUUCUCUACUAAUUGAGCCAUUUAAUUUUUAAAUGUUUGUAUUAGUAAGAUAACCAUACAUACAAUGGGAACUUUUGAUCUAUUUUUUUUCUUGACAGUAUUUAUAGUAUAAACCAGUCUUAUUAUUGAGAGUGUAAAUUGUACAAAGUAUUUACACAUAAAAAAUUCAUAUCAUUAAAUUGAGAUGAAUAUAAUUUAGAACUAUAUCUUCAACACUUUUGGUUUUUGAUCAUUUUUGCUAAACUACUGCUGAAACUGUGAUCAGGGGAUUAUAAUACACAUAUCUAAAUAUAGUUAACACACAUCAAAUGAACUGUUAUAUGCCAUUUUUAAUUCAUUGUGAUGUGAGAAAGAAACACACAGCUAAAGACUUCAGUUGUGAAUUAAGAGUAUUAUAACUUUUUACCAAGGACAAAAAAAUCCUAAAUUUACUUUAUCGUUUUACUUUAGGAUCCAAUCAAUAACAUUAUGUAUUUAUAAAUAUUACUAUAACAAAUAACAAAACCUAAUGUUUUUAAAAUGUUAAUGAUAAGCCUAACUUUUUUCACUUAUAUAUUUGAUACAUAUAAUUUUUUCAGCUUUAAAGCUUACAACUUUUAGAAGAAAACAAUUCUUUAAAUUGUAUACUACUCAUUCUUUUUUGAUUUAUGUUGUCUUUAGUAUAAUAAAAACAUCA